AUGCCACCAGAGUCCUCUCCUUGCCAUCAUCCUCUCGGUACUCCACUAACCCCGCUACUAUCACCUAUCUCUCCCAAAUCCAGGCUCCAUCCAAGUCGAAAUCUCAGCCAUUGUCAAGGUACAAGAAGAAUGGUAAUUACCAAAAAGAAUCUCAUUCCCCUCCUUGUUUUUGUCUUAUCAACUCUCUCCAUCCUCAGACUUCUCAAAUUGGCCAUAACUACAUCCUCUUCUCCUCCUGCUUUGCCUCCAACUCUUGCUUUACACACACAAGGCCCCUCGAGUAGUCGACCGAUCUUUCCAGCUAAUGCUAACGCCCUCACAGAAAAGGAAUUGAGAUUUCUAUCAGAUCUCAUUUCUAAUAGAGCACCUUGCAACCUCCUUGUUUUCGGGCUCGAACAACAGUACAUGGAUCUCUCAUCAUUGAAUGCAGGUGGAAUCACUAUCUUUCUCGAGGACAAUUCCGACAAGCUAAGCACAAUCAAAUCAAACUCUAACAGUUCUCGUGUUUACAAAGUAGAGUAUCCGACACCUGCCAGAGAAGCCUACAAACUACUCAAGCAUGCAAGAAAAAACCCGGGAUGUUCGCCUAACACGGGUCUUCUUGAAGCAUCACUAAAGUGCAAAUUAGCAUUGAAAGAGCUUCCAAAAGAAGUAGUGGAGCUGAGAUGGGAUGUGGUGGUGGUGGAUGGACCGAGUGGGGAUGGACCAGAGGCACCAGGCAGAAUGGCUGUAAUCUAUUCUGCUGGUAUAUUAGCAAGAUCUGGGAAUUUAACUGAUGUAGUUGUACACGAUGUGGAUCGUAUGAUUGAGAAAUGGUUUUCAUGGGAGUUCCUAUGUGAGGAGAACUUGGUUUCUUCUAAAGAUAACAAUAACAGUUUCAGGUAUUUUUUGUAA